AUGCAACGGGCGUCGUACGGGCAGUCGCCCCCGUUGCACCACCCCGUGCCGCAGCACGUUUCCACAGUGCCCCAGCUGCGGUCGCCGCCGCCGCCGCCCGGCUCGGCGCAGUCGCAUCAGCAGGGCUACGGCGGGACGCCCUACCAGCAGCAGGGCGGCUCGGCGGGCAACGUCUUUGGCGCCUAUGGGCAGUUCAUGAACGAUCCCACGGCGCAGGUGGCCGCGCAGUUUGGGCAGACGGCCUUUAAACAUGGCCAGGAAUACGUUGAGCAAAACUUUGGCCGCUACGUCAACGUCUCGGCGUUAAAACACUACUUCAAUGUCUCCAACUCGUACGUCGUCAACAAGCUCUUCCUGGUCCUCUUCCCGUGGCGGCAUAAGCCUUGGUCGCGCAAGCAAGCGGUCGGCGCGAAUGGCCAGGAGGGCUGGUACCUGCCUCCGCGGGAGGACAUCAACAGCCCCGACAUGUACAUUCCAGUAAUGGCCCUCGUCACAUAUAUCCUUCUCUCGACUCUGAUCGCGGGUCUGAGGGGUCAGUUCCAGCCGGAGCUGCUGGGGUACACGGCAACGAUAGGGCUGGCGGUUGUCAUCGUCGAGAUAGUCGCCCUCAAACUCGGGUGCUACCUGUUGAGCAUCUCAAGCCAAUCGCAGCUCUUUGACCUCAUUGCGUACUCGGGAUACAAGUUUGUCGGCAUCAUUGUCACGAUUGUCGUGGCCGAGCUUGUCAACGGUGGCAAGGGCACGGGCGGCUGGGUUGGCUGGGCGGUGUUCUUCUACACGUUCCUGGCCAACUCGCUCUUCCUGAUGCGCUCGCUCAAGUACGUUCUUCUCCCCGAGUCGUCGGGCAACACCGGCGGCCCGAUGCAGACGGACUCAAGGGCCAAGCGGAACCAGAGGACGCAGUUCCUCUUCUUCUACUCCUACAUCGUCCAGCUAUUCUUCAUGUGGAUCCUCACCAGGGCUUGA